AUGUUUGCUCGUUGCACGUUGGGAAGCUUCGGUAUUGCAUCAAAGUUGUCCGUAUGUAAGAACAUUGCUUCCAGAGCAUGUGUUGCUAAUGUACACACGUUGAACCAUAUUCCUAUUUUAAAUGCAAAUAUGGACAGUAUGCGUGUAUACUUAGAGCCAUCCACCGGAAAGAAGCCGACCUGUUCCGUCAUUAUGCUCCAUGGAUUAGGAGAUACGGCGUUCUACAUGGUCCCCUAUGCCGCCGAUCUCUCGCGAUCGCUUCCGUCUACUAGAUUUAUUUGCCCCACAGCGCAUGAGAUUCCUCUACGGUGUCGCCAGGGUGCUUUGCAGCAUGCCUGGUUUGACUUCCCCGCCUGGAGCCUCGAGGGAAACGACGAUUGUAAAGGAGUGGAGGAAAGUUGCGAAGUGGUGAACUCGCUGAUUGAGAAGGAAAUAAAGAAGGGCGUCGAUCCAAAGCACAUCAUUCUGUGUGGUUUUAGCCAGGGAGCGGGCAUCGCGCUUCAUGCGGCGUUUAAUCGGAAGGAUCCGAUCGGCGGAGUGAUUGCUUUUUGCGGAUGCCUGCCCAAUGCUAGUCGCUUUGUCGUUCAGGAUGCUACAAAGGAUACUCCGGUUAUGUAUUGAUUUGGACUGCACUCUGAGUGUAGGUUUUUCCAUGGCACAGAGGACCCGCGAAUUCCGUAUCAAUUUAUGGAGGGCGUGUCUACGAUGUUGAAGCAGAAAGGAGUGAAGGACGUGGAGUUUAACUUGUACCCGGGACAGAAACACCACAUCUCGCGGA